UUUUUUUAAAGUAAUUUUAAAAUCAAACUCAAUAUAAAUUUGCUUGCAUCGUUUGCAAAGUUCGAAAAAAUAACUGUCAAAUACUUACCACUAACAAAUAGAAGAAAUGCACUAAAGAACAAAACUUUUUAAAGUCGAAUGGAAAGGUCACAGUCAUCAUCUCUAAGUACGACUCAGAGCAAUAAAUCUUCAGUUAUUGUUUCUUCAGUUCCAGCUUAUUUAUCACAAAUACAACAAUGAAUGUUCUGGGCUGCUUGCUUGGUCUGCAAACCGAUAACUUUGUGAUGCUUGCUGCCGACACGUCAUUGGAAAAUGUACUAGUGCAUAUACUAAGCGACGUUGUCAAAAUAAUCAAAGUUGGUGAAAAAGUAGGAAUUGCUGGUAUAGGAAUUGCAGCUGACCGAGCGAAUUUUCUGCGAGAUCUGGCAAUCGAAUUCGAGUUUUUCAAAGUAAGAAACCAUCGAGAACUUCAAUUAGAAUCGGCUGUUCAUUUCGUUAAUAAACAACUGAUUAAAGCAUCAAACGCUAAAACUAUGCAGCUAUACAUAUUAGUAGGCGGAUAUAUGGACGAUAAGGGCUAUCAGUUACAUUAUCUAGAUGGUAGUGGUGGAACAACAUCGAUUCCUUACAUGGCACAGGGUAUUGGCGGCAAAUUUUGUGAAACUAUAUUGAAACUUCGUUAUCGCCCCGACCUAAACCAGGCGGAAGUCUUAUCUAUUUUUGGUGACUGUGUUGUCGAGUUAAACAAACGUUCAUUAUUUAAUUUCAGCAAAUUGUGUGUAGCUGUGAUAGAUGAAAAUGGUUUUAAAUACUUAAAAAAUAUUGAACUUUCUAAAUGUUUGGUGGCAGAGAGUAUUAAAAAUCAGAAACAGAAAGAACAACUAAAACAACAAAAACAACAAAAAUAACUUUAAGAAACAAUUAAUUAUUAUUUUAUAUAUGGUUAUUAAAUUUUUCAUAAACUAUAGAGAUAUUGAAGAUAAGUGCAAUUGUUCAACAGUUUCAAUUGAAAAUAAAAAGUUAUUAAAUAUACAGACAAGGUUUCUA